AUGGCAUCGAGAUGCUUCCUUUGCAACCAAGAUGAAGAUGGCAUUGACCAUGUCUUUAUUCACUAUCCAUACUCGACUUACAUAUGGGAAAGGUUCUGUGCUUGUUUUGGGAUUUCUUGGCCGAUGCAUCAAUCUAUAGAAGGUUUGAUAAAAUGGUGGAAGUCUAAGGCAAGAAUCUUAAACUUAAAAAACCCAUGGCUACUGAGCUUCUCAAUCGUUGCCACUAAUAUUUGGUGGGAGAGAAAUAGACGAAGCCAUGAGGACAAGGCUCGAUCUGAUGCGCAUAUUUUUGAAUUUAUUUGCCAUGAGCUUGGUCUUUGUUUGGGUAGUUCGAAGGGUGAAGUGAAGAGCAUCAGCAAUCUCUCAUGCUGCAGGAAAUUGGGGUUACAUAUAGAGGCCCCUAAGUGUAUUCCGCCUCUAGAAGUUCAUUGGUGUAAACCACAUUUGAAUUGGUUUAAAAUCAAUGUAGACGGGAGUUCUCUGGGGAACCCAGGAAGGGUAGGUGCUGGUGGCAUUGCUCGUAACAAAAAGGGUCAGAUUUGCAAAUCUUUUAGUAUUUAUUUAGGCAUUAAAAAAAUCUUCGAGGCUGAGUUUGAAGCAGUUUUGGAAGGUCUGAUCAUGGCAAAGAGAUAUGGUGCGAGAGAAGUGUGGGUUGAGUCAGAUUCUGCUGGUGUGGUGUCUGCUGUGCAGAAGAACCAAGUCCUAUGGUUUGUGCUCCAACGAUGGAGAGCGAUUCUCCCCUAUUUGAACUCUAUUUCGUGGAAAAUUUCUCAUUGUUUUCGCGAGGCAAAUGUGGUUGCAGAUUAUUUGGCAAGGAAGGCUUCAAAAUCAGGAAUCACAGAAACCUCUGUGACAUUCCCAAGUUAUAUUAUGAUGGAGAUUGAAAAUGAUGCAAUGGACAUGCAUAGAUUCAGAUUAUGCUAG